AUGGGUUCUAGAGUCAAUGCCCAGGCAUCAGAGCCUCGUAUGUUGAUUGAUGGUGAACUGGUCGGUGCCUCAGAUGGUAACACAUUUCCCCUCUUUAACCCAGCAACAGGCGAACAAGUCGCAAAUGGUGAGAACACAACGAUUCUCAAAAUCUCUUAUGCUGAUGAAUACGCAGUACCCGAGGCCACGCUUGACGAUGUCAAUAGAGCAGUGUCAGCCGCUAAGCGCGCCUUUCCAGAAUGGUCAGCUCUAGACCCUGCCAAGCGCGGCAGCUACAUGAAGAAACUCGCAGUUCUGAUCAGAGAACACAAUGACGAACUGGCCUUACUCGAAGCCAAAUCCAUGGGUCGUCCCCUUCCAGAAUUCUUCGAAGGCUACGUUUCAUCAGGCAGCUACGAGCAUUAUGCUGAGGCCUGGCCACAGAUCCAAGGCCAAGCAAGCCUCAACACACCAGGCUAUGUCACUAUGACUCUUCGACAACCUUUCGGAGUCGUCGCCGCCAUCAUCCCAUGGAAUGCAUCGCUUUUGUUCUUUGCUAGCAAAUCUGCUCCCGCAUUGAUCACUGGAAACACCGUGGUGGUCAAGUCGAGCGAGAAAGCACCGCUUGGAGCAGCCAAGUUUGCCGAACUCAUUCACAAGGCUGGAUUUCCACCUGGCGUCUUUAAUGUCAUCUCUGGACACGGCAGUCCUUCUGGUGCUGCCCUUUCGUCUCACAUGGAUGUUCGAGCUAUUUCCUUCACUGGCUCUUCCCGCACUGGUCGUGCAAUCCAAGAAGCAGCUGCAAAGUCAAAUUUGAAGAAAGUCAUCCUCGAACUCGGUGGAAAGUCGCCCGUCAUUAUUUUCGAGGACGCAGACAUCGACCAGGCUGUUAAAGAUACAAUGCACAGUAUCCAGUGGAACAGUGGACAAGCUUGCAUGGCAAACUCUCGUGUUUACGUCCAGGAAUCAAUUUCCGACAAGUUUGUCGAGGGUUGCAAAAAGGCACUGGCAACUGUGAAGGCUGGUGAUCCCACCGAGAAGGGGGUCAAUCACGGUCCGCAGGCAGACAAGACUCAGUACGAGACGGUCAUGUCAUACAUCGAUGAAGGGAAGAAGUCAGGCACACUAGCACUUGGCGGAGAGGGCACCCUGGAUAAGACGGGCGGUUUCUUCGUGGAGCCGACGAUCUUCCUCAACACAGCUGAAAAUGCAAAGAUCAUGAAGGAGGAGGUCUUUGGACCAGUCGUCAACAUCAACAUCAUCAAGACGGAGGAAGAGGCAAUUGCCAAAGCGAACGACACCGAGUAUGGCCUUUACGCAGCAGUUUACACCAAGAACAUUGACCGGGCUAUGAGGGUAGUCAAACAGCUCGACUCAGGCUACGUUGGUAUCAACUGCACCAGCCCAACUACAGCCAGGGACCUGCCCUUCGGAGGAUACAAGUCGUCUGGUCAAGGUCGAGAAGGAUGGUUGUGUAGCAUGGAGAACUUUUUGGAGGUGAAGAGUGUUAUAAUGAAGGUUGAGUCCAAGUUGUAA